CCCCGCUCAUCAUUAUUGUUUCUCGUGGGGUUCGUUCGGACUUCGUGCUCUUAAACCUGGCCUGCCAUGUAUCCGCAGUGGUUGUUAGCUUGCUUAUCCGAUUGUUUCGUUACACUGAGCCUCGCCAUGCUAUUAACAGGAGGCAGCAAGGGAUUUGCGUGCUCCAUCGACAGGAGUGAGCCCUUCGAGCUUGCAACCAUCCCCUAUUCCCUAAAAUUAUAGCUUUGCGGACGUUUCGGACUACCACUGGGAUCUCUUGGUUGAUCCUCAGAUC